UAUUUGGCCACGGCAUGGACCCAGCAGAGGAGUUCCCGAAGCAGCAGGGGGAUUUCCUGGACAAGACGGGGCAGAAGACAGGACCUGACGAUGUGGAAGCCCCGGCGCAGCCCGAGGCCAGUGGGGAGGGGCAGCACCAGUGCCCCGCUCUCCAGUGGGAGACCCUAGCCAAGCAGUUUCUGGAGUACGAGCAGGCGUCUCCUUAUCUCAUCCCAGAAGAGCAGCAGACGAGGCUUCUGGGCUUCCUUCCCCUCUUCCUAAAGGCCUGGGAAGAAUCCGCUGGGAUAGUCUCUUUCCCCAACAUUCACUUCUUAGCAAGUGAGGUUUCCAAACUUCUGACCAAAGAAAUCAAGAAGAAGCUAAAUGGCAAACCUGCAGAGGAUGCUCGGCUGGCCGUGGGGCAGUUGCUGCAGGUGAAAGGGGAAGAGGACGAUGGCUGUGUGCUUCUGAGAUCGGUGUACCUCCUCUCACAGACUGACUCGGGGACACUGUGGAACAUCAUCAAAUCUGGUCUUCCAGUUGCUCUGAUGCAGUGCCUGUACCUUUUCUUCACCUUUCCUUUGGGGAAAGCCAGUGAUGGAGAGACAAGGGAGGAGGACAAGCAAGUUCAGGAGAUGUUUGUUCAGACAAUGCUCAACUUAUACAGGGAGGAACAAGGUUUAGAGGAACUUCUGUCAGCUGCCGAGCUUCAGUCUCUAAUUAUAGCAACGGCCUCACUCUGGGACCAGUGCAACCUCUCAUGGAAAGCACCCACAAGCCGUGUGCUUCGGACAAUUUCAAAGGCCCAGACCAAAACUGCCAUCAUGUACCUACAAGCUGCGGACUGCAUUAAGAUAGCCAUUCAGAAUCUAUUCAAGUUGGCUGACACCUUGCCGGCUUCUGACAUGUGUGAGGCAGUUAGCAUCAUCCUGUGUUUUGUGAAGGAUUCCUAUCCUAUCUCCUCAGCUUUGCUUUUGGAGUUUGAAAAUAAUGAUGGAUACCAGCUCCUGGUAAAACUUUUACUUAGGUGGGAGGAAUCUCCGCACAGUGAAGGAGACCACCAUGUCGAAGAGGUGCUGGAUCUACUGACUUGCCUCACAGUCUGUGGGAAAACUGAACUGAAAGUUUCUGGCAACAUUACACAUCCUCAGCUACCGCACUUUGAUUUUCAACAGACACAAUCCUCUGGAAUGACAGUGAAAAACCUCCAGGCUUUUCAGGUGUUGCAGUCCAUCUUCCAGAAAACCAGCGACCUGCACCUCUGUAGAAGAAUCUUACUGGCUAUAAAAAUCAUGUGGGCCUGGGACACAAUGAACUUCUUUCUCCUGGAAUGGACACUACAGCCCAUCUCCCAAUUCACUGACAUCAUCCCCCUCAAACCGCACCUGGUUCAGAUACAGUUUUUCCAGCUGGUGGAAUCAGUGGUGCUAGAACUGUCCUACAUCCCGCAUGAAAUCCUGAAGAAGGUUGAGUGUUUGAUAAAGGAGAACUUGGUGCCGUCCUGUACCAUAGCUGCUCUGCGGUGCCUUCACAGCAUCACCAAGAGGGACUUGAUCUUCACUGACAUAUUCAGAGACUCUGGGCUCUUGGGCCAGCUGCUGACUCAGCUGAGGAAGCAAGCCAAGAUCCUGAGGAAGACAGCUGGGACCCAAGCACCCUGUCUGGAGCAAGGCACUGAGAAAGAGCUAACCUGUGUGAUGCUGAAGAUGGUUGCUGCCCUUGUCCUGGGAUCUGUGAGGAACGCUGUUGUUAUAAAAGAUUAUGGGAUGGUACCAUACAUCAAGAUAUUUCUGGACGAUGACUGCUACCGAAGUGAGACCCUCUGUAUCUUGGAGCAGCUGUCAGUCAUCAACACCGAAGAGUACAUGAGCAUAAUUAUUGGGGCCCUCUGCUCUUCCACUCAAGGGGAGCUGUACCUGAAACUGGACCUGCUGAAGUCUCUCCUGAGGAUCCUGGAGAACCCCAAGUGCCAUUCGGCUUUCAGAACAUGCAGCGGAUUCAAUGGACUCCUAUCCCUUCUCUCCGAUAUGGAAGGUGCGUUACAGGACCCGCCGUCAGGGGCAUGGGCAGCUACGGGGCAUAGCCUCAUCCUGGAGCUUGUUUUGUACACACUUCAGGGGAUAGCUGCUGCUCUGCACCUGGACCCCAUCAACAGUGACUUCUUCCAAAGGAAUGGCCUCUUUGAGAAGCUGGCGGAGGAUCUUGGCUCACUUGGCUGCUUCUGGACACAGGGGAGCCAGCAAGUCCCUGUGCAGCUUGAGAAAGGAAGGACGUUUGCAGAGUUCUUGAACGCAGCCUUGUACUCAUCAGAACCUUUCCCAGCAUGGCUCAAGAGCUGCAUACGGAUUCUGAGUUUCCUUGAUCAUAUGAUCAAAGGGACCCUGCAUCUGGACAGUUGCUUCCUGGAGAUAAAGCCUGCUGCAGAAGAGCAACCAUGGGAUGUUCAGAAGGGACAACUAGAUCAACAGGAGGAGCAUGGUACUAGCUUCAAACCACUGGAGGAUAAAUUACCUGCCUCUGACUACCGGGCAUGGGCAGACCCUGAAGACAGGUUGGAAGGGGGAAACUGUGCCAUUAUACAUCCAGGUGCUGUCUGUGUCAUGGUGAGGCUGCUUCCAAAGCUCUACAAGGAGGAACACCCUGAGCUUUCCCAGGAAAUCCAAUGCGCAGUGGCUGAUCACAUCCAGUCCUUGGUGAAAUCCGAGAAGAGCCGUCAGGUGAUAUGCACAUCCGGCUUGCUGAGCACCAUCAUAACCUCCUGUCAGCACGCUCUGAACAAUGAUAGCCACCCAUUGCACCUGCCUCUCAUCAGGAUUUUUGAGAAGCUUGCCUCGCAAUCCAUUGAGCCAGAUGUAUUAAGGCAGUUCCUCUGGCUUGGGACCCCUCCGCCAACCGUGACUGGGGCAUGCAGAAACUCAGCUAAGACUACAUUGUGUCAAGAGACUAGUUUGUGUAAAGCAGCUUGCAGUGAAGAUUCAGGAGCAGCCAUGCUGGACAAUCCUGUGGUUCCUCAGCUAGCCAUGCAGACCACCAGUUCCCCAUGGGUGUCCAGGGGCUCUGCAAUAGCUCUCCAGACAUCUAUGAGUCUCAUCUCCAUGACAUCGCCACGGAACUUCCAGCCAUACAACACUUCCUUGGCACCGUCCUUCGUGGAGUUCGACAUGUCUCCUGAGGGAUAUGGCUGUUUGUUCCUCCCCACGCUCUCCACUGUGAUGGGCCCCAGUGCGGAACACUCCGUCUCAGGAGGGAUCGGAAUGGGUACCAGACUGUUCCCACCCUUGGGCGGCCUGACUGUCUCCUCCUGGUUCCUGGUCAGCAGGUUCUGCUCUACCCGUGAUGCCCACCCCCUGCGCUUCCUCACCGUGGUGCGGCACAUGUCGAGAAUGGAGCAAGAGUUUGUCUGCUUUGCUGUCAGCUUCUCCCCCACAGACCGCUCCUUGGUCAUCUCUACAGAGGAAGUGGAGUUCCAGCCUCUGGACAUCAUGGAACCUGAAGUGGAGGUCCCAAAUCACUCCUCAGCCCCAACUCAGAUUGAAUUCAGCUGCACCCAGCAGCUAGCCACGGGACAGUGGCAUCACCUCACAGUGACGGUUGCUAAGGAAACGAAAAGGAACUGCAUAGUUUCGGCGUAUAUCAACGGACAGAUACUUGGUUCCGCUAAGAUGCAGUACAUACAGCCCUUACCCGGAAGCAGUAUUUCCAUGGAACCGUCCUCCUUCGUCGACAUCUAUGGCUACAUAGCUAGCCCCCGCAUCUGGAAACAGAAGUCCUCCUUGGCUUGGCGCCUGGGCCCAACAUACUUGUUUGAAGAGUCGAUCUCUGGGGAAACCGUGGAGGCGAUUAACAAGCUUGGGCCCCGGUACUUCAGUAACUUCCAGGCAGUGCAGCUUCCAGCUAAUGAUGACUCCAAAGAGCCUCAGCUCACAGCCUUGGUUGCAGAGGAGAGAAUUUCAUUUGGGAUCAAUGCCAUUUGCUCAUCCACCACCACCAUUCAAGACAUAAAGAGCUGCUACAACGAAGUGGACGGUCGGCUGAUCGCCAAAGAGAUGGGGAUCAUCUCCCGUGACAGUUCAACACCAGUUUUCCUGGCUAGAAACAUUGCUGGACACCUCGCUGGUCCCUUACGAACUAUUGGAUCAGUGGCUGUGGGCCAAUUUGGGGUACGAGUGUUCCAGUCUUGCCCAGCAGCUAACAGCCUGAACUUUAUUGGGGGCCCAGCCAUUCUGCUAGGCCUCAUUGCCAUGGCCCGGGAUGACCAUGCAAUGUAUGCCGCAGUCAAAGUCCUGAACUCCGUCCUGAACCGCAGCCCCAUGAGUGAGAAGCUGAUGAGCCACAUCGGUGGAUACCAGCUCCUGGCGUACCUACUAAAGUUGAAGACAAAAUUGCUAAACAACAGGAUUUUACAGCUGGUGCUCUCCAUAGCAGGCACGGCAGAGCUGGGCUUGGAAUCCUCGACUAUAAAGAACUAUGGUGCAUUCCAAUAUGUUCUCAGUAACUUUGAGCUUUGGUCAAAUGCACCAGAAAAUCUUGACCUUGUCCUGUUUUCACAUCUUGUGGAGAUCCUGCGGCCCUCAAGAGAUGGAUGUCAGAAUGCCAAAGUCGCCUACCAGAUGCAAAUGGUGCCCAAACUGGUUUUCCUCCUCAGUGACGUUGAGAUCAGCUGCUCACGGGUCACCACUAUCUGUACCAUCUUCUCCCACCUGCUGCAGGGCUAUUUCAACACCAAAGACAUUCUUAGGAUUGGAUUGUUCCUUGUUUAUACUUUAAAGCCCUCUUCUGUGGAUGAAAGUCAGAUAUGCCUGGAUGGGAUCUCUGAUCUGCCAGGAGAAGCCUUAAGCCAAACAUCUGGGAAGACAAUCUGGCUCCGAAACCAGUUACUGAAGAUGCUGUUAGAUGUAAUGUGUUCAGACAAACUUCAUCUGUCCUCUGAGGCUCAAGAGGAGACCUUCUUGGUGCUGGGGCCUGACUGGUUUCUCUUGUUCACACAAAGCCAUCUACACCCAAGCACUGUCGUGAUCGGGGUCAAACUGCUGCUGCACUUCCUCCACAAUCCCACACUGCUGAGGAAGUUCAAGGAGGGAGUGGUGGCCGGGCGCUGGGUGUCAAACAGCUCUGCAGGGAUGGAUAUUCUAAUAGACAAUUUGAAAAGUGGGCCCCUGAUACCUGACUAUGGCCCCUACCUAGUUUUUGGGCUCACAGUGCUGCAAGCAUGUUUGAUGGAUCACAUUCACCUCCCUGAGAUCUACCUGCUGGUCUCAGGGCUGUUCCUGGGAACCCCACAGUGUGACCCGCCAGAAGCCUCCAAGGCAGAUCUGGACUCCAUGCUGCAGUGGCUCCUGCAGAACCACCAUGUGGAGGAUGUCCUUAAAGCUGGGCUAUGCACAGAGGCAGUGGCCCUGCUGCUAGAGAUGGUUAAGGCCACAGUGAACAAGCCCUUUGCAGGUACAGAGGGCUCCUGGGAGGUGGCCUAUCCUGGGAACAUCAUGCAGUUCCUGUGCCUAAUCUACCACAGCUACCCACAGGACCCGGUGUGGUGCUGCUCAGACUUCCUGCAAACCUUAGCCACUGUCGUCUUCCAUGUGAGGGCGCCACAGGGAGGCUGUGAAGGCCUGUCGCACCUCAAAGGUCCAGCUGCUGCUGAAGCAAACAGCUGUCCCAACUCCCCGGCUGCCCCACUGCCUGAGCACCCUGCCAAGAAGCAAGUGUGGGACUUCCUGCGCAUCCUGCUGAUGGAGAGUCUGCUCAGCAUCCCAGCGCACAAACAGGGGCACCCAUUCGAGCUGCUUCUUGAGGCUUCUGCAGAAAACUCCACAAGCGAGCAGAAGAGACGUUUCCAGACGGAAGUCUUGCUUUUGACUAUGGAUAUCUUCCACACCAUGAGCCAAGGGGGUGGGAAAACUGACUCCUCCAGACUGAGAGGCAGCAGUGACCCUCAUGGCGGGGCGGAAGUGGCUGUGCCUAUGUUGGUGGCAAACGUUUCCUAUUUCACUCAGAAGCUGGUGGAGAAGCUUUACAGUGGAAUGUUUGCUGUAGAUCCUAAGCAAAUCCUGCUCUUUGUUGGCGAGCAGAUCAUGUUGGUCAUGGAGAACACCUUUUCCCAAAAGGAAACUGUCAUCAGCACCCUGUACAGCAGUUUAAACCGAGCCAUCCUGUAUUGUCUGUCCAGGCCACAGCAAUCACUGCCUGAACAGCUGAGUCUCCUGAACACCCUCCACACCCUGCAGGAACAGUGGGACGUCAUCUUUGCAACUUACAACUCAAAUAUUAGCUUCACCAUCUGCCUUAUGCACUGUCUGUGUCAGCUGAGCUCUGGGAGCUAUCCAGAAGGGUUUGGAGUGGAUGCAAAACCAACACUGGCUUCCUAUCGCCAAAUUUUCCUGGCCCCGAGUGAAGAGGAAAAGGAGAGAGGGGACAGUCACCCUGCUCCAGGCAAUGUUCAGCAAGAGAUUCUGAAAACAGUCGAAGUCAUCUGGAAGCAGCUCAUUUCCCAGAGGUGGCAGGUCCUGGAGGACACCUACAAGAUGGAUCUCUCUGUGAAGCCGGGAGACAGAGAGAAGGAAGUGAAGAUAGCUGAGAUCACUCCUCUGUGGGAAGAGACGAUGACGAAGGCUUGGCAGCACUUCAUAGCAUCUGAGAAGAAGACUCUCCAAAGUAAAGCAACAUCAGCCCAGUUCCAGAGCAAGCCCAGUUCCUGGAGCGAAAGCUUGUCUUCGGCUAGGAGGUUGAUGCCUGGCAAGAAUGUAAAGGAAACAGUGUGCAAAUCUGAGGGCUUUGUGUCGUGUAUGGAAAAGUACAGAAGGAGUGGGCAGGAGCUGUACGCAUCUUUACACAAAGAUCAUGUACAGAUGCUGCAGUGUGGUUACAGCAAAGCAGCGAAAGACUGGGCCACACUGGAGGAGCAGCUGUUCAACAGAGGGGGCCCGUGGGGAGCCGUAUCAGGGCUGUCAGCCCCACGGUGGUGUCUUGAUGGCUACGAGGGGCCUGCACGGAUGCGGAAGAGGGUUCGGUGUGAGAGGGCCCAUGGGGCAGUGAUGCGAAUGAGACGCGAGGUUCACGAAGCUACCCCAAUUCAAGAAGAAAAUCAAGAAGAGCCGAUGCUAAAUGGAGCAGAAAGGGAGAUGGAUGAGAGGCGAAUGGAUUGUAACCAGCUGACAUUCUUCCCUGCCCUACAUGAAAGUUUCCACUCAGAAGACUUCUUGGAACUGUGUGUGGAAAGACAAAUUAUCCUGCAGGAAUUCGCUGAGAGUGAAAAGGUUACAUUUAGAUACUCCGUGGUGAUUGUGCAAGGGCACCUGGCAUCAGAAGGGGUGCUUCUCCUUGGCAAAGAGCACUUUUACAUCUGUGAGCACUUUGUCCUCUCCCAGUUUGAAGAGGUUUAUUGCACCAAGCACUGCUUGUCCAGCAUCACCGAUCCAUUUAUUUUCAGCUUAUGCCACAAAGAGCAGGGCAUGGGAGAUCAAGCAUGUUCCCGUUAUGCGUACAGUGACAUUAAAGAGAUACAUCUGAUGCGCUUUCUUCUACAGGAGAUCGCCUUGGAAAUAUUCUUCAAAAACGGCUAUUCCAAGUUUCUCGUCUUCCACGACAGCGACAGGAAUAAAGCGUUUAAGAGAUUUUGUUCAUUGCAACCUGUUUUGAAGGCAAAAGGAAUAACUGAAGAGUCCUUGAAUAUAAGGAAGAAUACGGGAGGGGAAAAGACGAUGCUCCAGAAAUGGCAGAAGAGAGAGAUCAGUAACUUCGACUACCUGAUGUACCUGAACACGCUGGCGGGGCGCACGUACAAUGACUAUAUGCAGUACCCUGUGUUCCCCUGGAUCUUGGCUGAUUACCACUCCCAGAUGCUGAACCUUGCUAGCCCCCAGACAUUCCGAGACCUUUCCAAGCCCAUGGGAGCUCAGACACUGGAAAGGAAACGCAAAUUUAUCCAGCGCUACCAUGAGGUGGAGAAGAGCGAAGGAGACCCAUCGGCCCAAUGUCACUAUUGCACCCACUACUCGUCGGCCAUCAUAGUAGCGUCAUACUUGGUCCGACUGGAGCCAUUUACGCAGACCUUCUGCGCUCUUCAGGGGGGAAGUUUUGAUGUAGCAGACCGGAUGUUUCACAGUGUGAAGAAUGCGUGGGACUCGGCAUCGAGAGAGAACAUGAGUGACGUCCGGGAGCUCAUCCCUGAGUUCUUCUACUUGCCUGAAUUCUUAACCAACUGCAAUCACUUUGAAUUCGGCAGCAUGCAGGACGGAACUGUGCUGGGGGAUGUGCAGCUGCCCCCCUGGGCAGAUGGAGACCCUUAUAAAUUUAUCCACUUGCAUAGACAGGCAUUGGAAAGUGACUAUGUUAGUGCACAUCUCCAUCAGUGGAUCGAUCUCAUCUUUGGUCAUAAGCAACAUGGCUCAGCUGCGGUGGAGGCAGUGAAUACCUUUCAUCCUUACUUCUAUGGAGACAAGGUGGACCUCAACAACACCAGCGAUCCUCUGAUUAAAAGCACCAUACUGGGAUUUGUCAGCAACUUCGGGCAGAUACCGAAACAGCUCUUCACUAAACCCCACCCAUCCAGGAAUGCCACGGGCAAAAAUACAUCAGGGAAAGAGGCUGCAUCCUCUCUGCAUUCAGCUGGACAUGUGCCCCUGUUGCUCAGCAGCCUGCAAAAUCUGAAGCUCUCUCCUGUCACAAUCAAAGAGGCGCCCAAGGGAGCCAUCGGACACAUCGUCCAUACCGAGAAAAUCAUUCUGGCCUUCGAGAGAAACAAAGUUUUGAUCCCCCCACUCUGGAACAAAACCUUCUGCUGGGGAUUUGACGAUUUCACCUGCUGCCUUGGAAACUACGGAACUGACAAGAACACGGUGACACUUGAAUGCAUGGCAGAGUGGGGCAAGUGCCUCUGUGCAGUAUGUCCCACACCAACUACUGUCAUUACCUCUGGAACGAGUGCCGUCGUGUGUGUCUGGGAGCUUUCCCUGGUCAAAGACAAAGCGAGAUGCCUGAACUUGAGACAGGCUUUGUAUGGACACACUCAGGCCGUGACCUGCCUGACCGCAUCUGUGACCUACAGCGUUCUUGUGAGCGGAUCCAGUGACAGAACCUGCAUCAUAUGGGACUUGAACCAGCUGACGUACAUCACUCGUCUCCCUGCCCAUAGGGCCAGUCUCUCUGCUAUUGCCAUCAACAAUUCAACGGGUGACAUUGCCUCUUGUGCCGGAUCCUAUUUACAUUUGUGGACCAUCAAUGGCCAGCCUCUGGCAAGCAUCAGCACUGCCUGUGGCCUGGAAGGAGCCAUUCUUUGCUGCUGCUUUGCUGAAGUAAUGGACUGGGACACAUGUAGCAUCAUCAUCACGGGGGGCACAGAUGGAAUUGUGAGGUUAUGGAAGACAGAAUAUGCAACAGCCUCAGGCCAGGGUGUUGGAUCAAGAUCACAGAAAGCCGCAACGGAAGAUCUGGAUAACAAAGGUAACAAGUGGGGGCAACAUCUGCUUCUCUGCCGGGAGUUGAACAUCAGCAUGGCCUUGACUGGGAAACCAGCUAAGAAUAAUCCCUCAGUGACGGCUCUUGCAGUAACCAGGAAUUCCUCCAAGCUCCUAGUUGGUGAUGAGAGAGGGAGGAUAUACAGUUGGGCUGUGGAUGGGUAGGCAGAAACAACAAGGAGCUCUUGGUCCCCUCCAACUUUGCGUGGUGUCGAUGAAUGGAACGAAAACUAUCCUUCAGAGUACACAAGAUUUGGAAGGAAGAGUGGAGUGAAAUGACUCUCAAGAGAGUCAGUGGACUGUAGGGUCAAUUUGGGAGCAGAGGAGGAAUUUGACAUCCUCUGAUACAGCUCCGCCCCAUUACUAAAAGUAAUAAGGUACCAGAGUUCAGUCCUGGCCAUGCCGCGCAUACAACCCCCCUCACUGAAUUUGCUGGUGAGAAUCACUGCCAACGGUAUAGUGCAGUGUGCUAUCUGCUGUGUCUCCUGUGAUGGGACUCAGUGUCCCAUCCUGCUCCCAGUGAAAUCAAGGGGAAUUUUACCACUCUUCAGUUGGAACAGAUCUGGGCUCUGAAUUUUGGGCCGCUGUUUAGAAUACAGCAGGGAAAUGCUAUCGAAAUGUGUUUUAAACCGAUCCUCAUUGGCACGUGCAUUUGAACUGCACAUGAAUUUCCUCUGUACAAAGUGGUUUUUGCAUUAAAUAAAAUCCAGCUGUUUA